GCGCAAUGUCAGAGCCGACGCCGGCCGAGGCCGGUACCGCGGGGGCCCGGGAGGACGCCUGUCGGGAUUAUCAGUCAUCCCUCGAAGACCUGACCUUCAAUAGCAAACCGCACAUCAAUAUGCUGACCAUUCUAGCCGAGGAGAACCUGCCCUUCGCCAAGGAGAUCGUCUCUCUCAUCGAGGCCCAAACCGCCAAGGCUCCUUCCUCAGAGAAGCUUCCUGUUAUGUACCUUAUGGAUUCUAUCGUGAAAAACGUUGGACGAGAGUAUCUCACUGCCUUUACUAAAAAUCUAGUUGCAACAUUUAUUUGUGUGUUUGAAAAGGUGGAUGAAAAUACUAGAAAAAGUUUAUUUAAGUUACGUUCCACAUGGGAUGAGAUAUUCCCAUUGAAGAAACUUUAUGCCCUGGAUGUCAGAGUCAAUUCAUUAGAUCCUGCUUGGCCUAUUCGACCUCUACCCCCCAAUGGGAAUACAUCUAGCAUCCAUGUGAAUCCUAAAUUUUUAAAUAAAUCGCCUGAAGAGCCUUCAACACCUGGCACAGUGGUCACUUCCCCUAGCAUCUCCACUCCUCCAAUUGUUCCUGAUAUACAAAAGAAUCUUACCCAAGAACAACUAAUAAGGCAGCAGUUACUUGCAAAACAAAAACAGUUAUUAGAACUUCAGCAGAAAAAGCUGGAGCUUGAACUAGAGCAAGCUAAAGCACAACUGGCAGUUUCUCUUAGUGUUCAGCAGGAGACAUCCAACUUAGGUCCUGGAUCUGCACCAUCCAAAUUACAUGUUUCACAAAUUCCCCCUAUGGCAGUUAAAACUCCCCAUCAGAUUCCUUUGCAACCUGAAAAAAGCCGUGCAGGUCCAUCCUUACAAAUUCAGGACUUGAAAGGAACAAACCGGGAUCCCCGUCUUAAUAGGAUGAGUCAGCAUUCUUCUCAUGGAAAAGAUCAGAGUCACAGAAAAGAAUUCCUAAUGAAUACAUUAAACCAAUCUGAUAUUAAGACAAGUAAAACUAUACCUUCUGAAAAACUACAUUCAUCCAAACAAGAAAAAAGUAAAUCAGGUGAAAAAAUAACCAAGAAGGAACUUGACCAGUUAGAUUCUAAAUCUAAAUCUAAAUCACCAUCACCUUUGAAAAACAAAUUCUCUCACACAAAAGACUUGAAAAAUCAAGAAUCUGAAUGCCCAAGGGUGUCUGACAUGAGUAAGAGAGAUCCAAGAUUAAAAAAACAUCUUCAAGAUAAGACUGAUAGCAAAGAUGAUGAUAUAAAAGAGAAGAGAAAAACUUCAGAAAAAAAAGAUAAAGAUGAGCAUAUGAAAUCAUCUGAACAUAGACUGGUUGGAAGUCGAAAUAAAAUCGUUAAUGGCAUUGUACAAAAACAAGAUGUAAUAACGGAAGACUCAGAAAAACAGGGAACAAAACCAGGGAGAUCAAGUACUAGAAAGCGAUCAAGAUCGAGAUCACCCAAGUCUCGGUCACCAAUUAUACAUUCUCCUAAGAGAAGAGAUAGGCGGUCACCCAAACGAAGGCAAAGGAGUAUGUCUCCAACCUCGACAGCCAAAGCUGGAAAGAUUCGCCACUCUGGAUGUAAGCAGUCACAUAUGGAAGACUUUAUGCCACCUUCCAGGGAAGAAAGAAAUGCUAAGAGAAGUACUAAACAGGAUGUUCGAGAUCCAAGGCGAAUAAAGAAGACUGAAGAGGAACAACCGCAAGAAACUACAAGUCAGCAUUCUACAAAGUCAGGCACUGAACCGAAGGAGAAUGUAGAAAAUUGGUCAAGUUCCAAGUCUAACAAAAGAUGGAAAUCUGGUUGGGAAGAAAAUAAAAGCUUACAACAAGGUGACGACCAUAGUAAAUCUCCUCAUCUAAGGCAUAGGGAAAGCUGGUCAAGCACUAAAGGAAUUUUGUCACCUCGAGCCCCAAAGCAACAGCAUCGAUUAAGUGUAGAUGCCAAUCUUCAGAUUCCUAAAGAGUUAACUCUUGCAAGCAAAAGAGAAUUACUUCAAAAGACGAGUGAACGUUUAGCAUCUGGUGAAAUUACACAGGAUGAGUUCCUUGUUGUUGUGCAUCAAAUUCGACAGCUAUUUCAGUAUCAAGAAGGUGUGCGAGAAGAGCAGAGGUCACCAUUCAAUGAUCGUUUUCCACUUAAGCGACCUAGAUAUGAAGAUGCCGAUAAACCAUUUGUAGAUAGCCCAGCAUCACGAUUCGCCGGCCUCGAUACAAAUCAGCGACUUACAGCGUUAGCUGAAGACAGACCAUUAUUUGAUGGACCUAGUAGGCCAUCAGUAACAAGAGAUGGCCCAACCAAGAUGAUUUUUGAAGGACCUAAUAAAUUAAGCCCUAGAAUUGAUGGACCUCCUGCACCAGGUUCUCUUCGAUUUGAUGGGUCACCUGGACAAAUUGGGGGAGGUGAUCCUUUGAGAUUUGAAGGACCACAAGGUCAGCUAGGAGGCAGGCGUCCUUUGAGAUUUGAAGGUCCUCCAGGACCAGUAGGGACACCUUUGCGGUUUGAAGGGCCAAUUGGUCAAGCAGGCGGAGGUGGUUUUCGGUUUGAAGGUUCCCCUGGUCUGAGGUUUGAGGGAUCUGCAGGUGGUCUACGAUUUGAAGGACCAGGGGGCCAGCCUGUGGGUGGGCUCAGGUUUGAGGGACAUCGGGGUCAACCUGUGGGAGGUCUGAGGUUUGAGGGACCUCAUGGUCAGCCUGUGGGUGGACUUAGAUUUGAUAAUCCCCGAGGUCAGCCUGUAAGUGGACAUAGAUUUGAGGGGGGUCAUGGUCCAUCAGGAGCUGCAAUGAGGUUUGAUGGACCUCAUGGUCAGCCAGCAGGUGAGAUCAGAUUUGAGGGCCCUUUGCUACAGCAGGGAGUUGGAAUGAGGUUUGAGGGCCCCCAUGGUCAGUCAGUAGCUGGUCUGAGGUUUGAAGGACAACAUAAUCAACUUGGUGGAAACCUUAGGUUUGAGGGUCCACAUGGUCAACCAGGGGUUGGGAUCAGGUUUGAGGGACCCUUAGUCCAACAAGGAGGUGGAAUGAGGUUUGAGGGUCCUGUACCAGGAAGUGGACUGAGAAUUGAAGGGCCUCUGGGUCAAGGUGGUCCAAGAUUGGAAGGUUGUCACGCUUUCAGGUUUGAUGGGCAGCCAGGUCAGCCAUCACUCUUACCAAGAUUUGAUGGAUUACAUGGUCAACCAGGUCCUAGAUUUGAAAGAACUGGUCAGCCAGGCCCACAGAGAUUUGAUGGACCACCUGGACAGCAGGUUCAACCAAGAUUUGAUGGUGUUCCUCAAAGAUUUGAUGGUCCACAACACCAGCAAGCAUCAAGGUUUGAUAUUCCCCUUGGUCUUCAAGGCGCACGAUUUGACAAUCAUCCUUCACAAAGGCUUGAAUCUGUUUCUUUCAGUCAGACUGGUCCAUAUAAUGAGCCGCCUGGCAAUGCUUUUAAUGCCCCAUCCCAAGGACUGCAAUUCCAAAGACACGAACAAAUAUUUGAUUCACCUCAAGGACCAAAUUUUAAUGGACCACAUGGCCCUGGGAACCAGAGUUUCUCAAAUCCCCUUAGCAGAGCUUCUGGACACUAUUUUGAUGAAAAGAAUCUUCAAAGUUCUCAAUUUGGAAACUUUGGCAAUUUACCUGCUCCAAUAACAGUAGGAAACAUUCAGGCAUCUCAACAGGUUCUGACUGGUGUUGCUCAACCAGUACCAUUUGGCCAGGGACAACAAUUUUUACCAGUUCAUCCACAAAAUCCUGGAGCAUUUGUUCAGAAUCCUUCAGGAGCCCUUCCUAAGGCAUAUCCUGAUAAUCACCUCAGUCAGGUGGAUGUAAAUGAAUUAUUUUCAAAACUGCUAAAAACAGGAAUUCUCAAAUUGUCCCAGCCUGAUUCAGCUACAACACAAGUAAAUGAAGUUGCUGCUCAGCCUCCCACUGAAGAGGAGGAAGAUCAAAAUGAAGAUCAAGAUGUUCCAGAUCUUACCAAUUUUACAAUUGAAGAGUUAAAACAACGUUAUGAUAGUGUUAUAAAUCGACUGUACACUGGUAUUCAGUGUUACUCUUGUGGAAUGAGGUUUACAACAUCACAGACAGAUGUUUAUGCAGAUCACUUGGACUGGCAUUAUCGGCAAAAUAGAACUGAAAAAGAUGUUAGCAGAAAAGUCACUCAUAGACGUUGGUACUACAGUUUAACAGACUGGAUAGAAUUUGAGGAAAUAGCUGAUUUGGAAGAACGUGCAAAGAGCCAGUUUUUUGAAAAGGUUCAUGAAGAAGUUGUGCUCAAAACUCAGGAAGCUGCUAAAGAAAAGGAGUUCCAAAGUGUACCGGCAGGGCCAGCUGGAGCAGUGGAGAGUUGUGAAAUCUGUCAAGAACAAUUUGAACAAUACUGGGAUGAAGAAGAGGAGGAGUGGCAUUUAAAGAAUGCUAUUAGAGUGGAUGGAAAGAUUUAUCAUCCAUCAUGUUAUGAAGAUUAUCAAAAUACAUCUUCAUUUGAUUGUACACCAUCUCCCAGCAAGACACCAGUUGAAAACCCUUUGAACAUUAUGUUGAACAUUGUCAAAAAUGAAUUGCAGGAACCCUGUGAAAGUCCCAAAGUUAAGGAAGAACAAAUUGAUACCCCACCAGCUUGUACAGAGGAGAGCAUAGCAACACCCACUGAAAUUAAAACUGAAAAUGAUACAGUUGAGUCAGUUUAAAUAAAAUGAGAAAGAUAUGUUUUUCUUUUUUAAAAAAGCUGCUGUUUGGAUGUAGGUGAAGAAUUUUUUAUGUAUAUAUAGAAAUCUAUAUAAAUUGUCUAGCUGAGGCAGGGCCUUCAGCUAUCAUUUGGUUAAUAAAUACAUUUUAGUAUUUGCAUAUCCUACUGCCUGCACAGUUUCAGGUGCUUGUUGUGUGAAAGUUCUGUAGAUGUGUGCAAAUUUAACAAAACGAAAUUGUUAUGUAUAAAAAUGUACGAUUUUCACUUGUGAAACUGUAAAUUAUAAAUAAAAAAUAUUUUUGCUACCCAUGGAGUGUAAUAUUUAUGCACACCAUCAAAUAAAGACAGUGUUUCUGUACUUUUUAUUGGGUGAAAAUGGAAUUAAACAGCAACCUCAACAUAUGAUUUUUUUCUGGUAGUUCUCAUGAUUAAAGCAAAGUCUAAGUUAGUUUUAUCCUUCAAAGGGGGGUUGUGAGAGAGCGCUGCAGGACUUUUCUCAAAUAAGCAAGCCAGAUUUGAAAAAAUUUUAGAAACAAUAGGACAUUUAUGCAUUUAUAUAUUACAUGUAUAGCUCCAGCUAUAGAGAACCAUCCAGAUGUCCUUUUUUGAAAAAUACCUAAUGAAGCAACUUUUAUUCUUUAACUUGGACAUUGAUGCCAUCAAAUAAUUAACAAAUAUAUUUAAGUACUAAAGGUGACUUUUUUUAAAUGACAUUUUUCAAAUUUGUCACAAUUUGAUGCAGUGAACAUAUUUCUAUUUUAAGUUACAGGGGAGUCUGUAAGAAUGUUCAUUUGAAACAUGGUUAACCUUUUUCAUUUGUUGGUUUUGACUGAAUUAGAUGGAUACCAUGAGAUGUUAAUAUUCAUACAUGUAAUAAAUAGAAUGAUGAAGAAA